GGCCGAGCGCUGCGGGGCUGGCCGCUGGGUGGCGGCGGCGGCGGCGCGUGCUGCGUAGUUUUGAGCUAUGGUGAUGGUGGCAGCCGCGCCGAGCCCGGCCGACCGGGCCCCUAAAGUACUGCUUCUGUCGGGGCAGCCCGCCUCCGCCGCCGGAGCCCCAGCCGGCCAGGCCCUGCCCCUCAUGGUGCCGGCCCAGAGAGGGGCCAGCCUGGAGGCAGCGAGCGGGGGACCGCCCCAGGCGCGCAAGCGACAGCGCCUCACGCACCUGAGCCCCGAGGAGAAGGCGCUGAGGAGGAAACUGAAAAACAGAGUAGCGGCUCAGACUGCCAGAGACCGAAAGAAAGCUCGAAUGAGUGAGCUGGAACAGCAAGUGGUAGAUUUAGAAGAAGAGAACCAAAAACUUUUGCUAGAAAAUCAGCUUUUACGAGAAAAAACUCAGAGCCUUGUAGUUGAGAAUCAGGAGUUAAGACAGCGUUUGGGGAUGGAUGCCCUGGUUGCUGAAGGGGAGGCGGAAGCCAAGGGGAAUGGAGUGAGGCCAGUGACCGGGUCUGCUGAGCGCAGCACUCAGACUACGUGCACCUCUGCAGCAGGUGCGGGCCCAGUUGUCACCCCUCCAGAGCAUCUCCCCAUGGAUUCUGGCGGUAUUGACUCUUCAGAUUCAGAGUCUGAUAUCCUGUUGGGCAUUCUGGACAACUUGGACCCAGUCUUGUUAUUCAAAUGGCCUUCCCCAGAGCCUGCCAGCCUGGAGGAGCUCCCAGAGGUCUACCCAGAAGGACCCAGUUCCUUACCAGCCUCCCUUUCUCUGUCCGUGGGGACGUCAUCAGCCAAGCUGGAAGCCAUUAAUGAACUAAUUCGUUUUGACCACAUAUAUACCAAGCCCCUAGUCUUAGAGAUACCCUCUGAGACAGAGAGCCAAGCUAAUGUGGUAGUGAAAAUUGAGGAAGCACCGCUCAGCCCCUCAGAGAAAGAUCACCCUGAAUUCAUUGUCUCAGUGAAGGAAGAACGUAUAGAAGAUGACCUCGUACCAGAGCUGGGUAUCUCAAAUCUGCUUUCAUCCAGCCACUGCCCGAAGCCAUCUUCCUGCCUACUGGAUGCUUACAGUGACUGUGGAUAUGGGGGCUCCCUUUCUGCCUUCAGUGACAUGUCCUCUCCGCUUGUAAACCAUUCUUGGGAGGACGCUUUUGCCAAUGAACUCUUUCCUCAGUUGAUUAGUGUCUAAGGAAUGAUCCAAUACUGUUGCCCUUUUCCUUGACUAUUACACUGCCUGGAGGAUAACAGAGAAGCCUGUUGUGCUUCAUUCAGAAAGCCAAAAUAGAGUAUACAGUCCUAGAGAAUUCCUCUAAAGUAUUUGUUCAAACCUCAUAGAUGACCCCCAGGUGUUGUCUUUUGACAUCCAGCAGUCCAAGGUAUUGAGAUACAUAACUAUAAUUGAGAAAUAUUACUAUAAUU